CCCGCCACCGCCGAGAUGGCGGCCACGGCGGGAGGGGAGCCGGGCGAACCGAGCCCCGAGGAGUUCGUGUACGGCGAGGAGGACUUCGUGCUGCAGGCAGCCGGCUGGGGCGACCCGGGCUCCGCGCCCUCCCGCUUCGACCGGGUGCUGCUGGCGGGCUGGAGCGACCGUAUGGAGCGGGGACUGUUCCGGUACCGGCUGGGAGCGCUGCCCACCCGCGUCCUGCCCGGCGCCGUGCGCCUCGUGGCGCAGCUGAACGAGCAGCGCAGCGCGGAGCGCCGCCCGCCGCAGCCCGUCCGCAGCCUCCGCGACCCCUUCGACCCCGCCGCCUUCAACUUCACCCGGCUGCGCCCCGCCGAGCUGCUGUUCCGCCUGCGGCGCGCCGGCGGCCCGGAGCCGCUGCUGGUGGCCAUCAACGCCAGCCCGCUGGAGCGGGGACACGUGCUGCUGCUGCCGGAGCCGGCGCGGCGGCUGCCGCAGGCGCUGACGGCCCCGGCGCUGCGCGGGGCGCUGGAGGCGGCGCUGCUCAGCGCCCACCCCGGCUUCCGCGUGAGCUUCAACGGGCUGGGCGGCGGCGCCUCGGUGAACCACCUGCACCUGCACGGGCUCUACCUGGACCGCCCGCUGCCGCUGGAGGAGGCGCCGGCCGAGCCGCUGGGGCCGCGCCUGGCGCUGCUCCGCGCCGGACCGGCCCCCGCCUUCCUCUUCUUCGCCGCCGGCCCCGCGGCGCUGGAGCCGGUGUCGCGGGCUGUGUGCCGGGCGGCGGAGCACCUGGGCGCUGCCGGGCUGGCCUGCAACGUGCUGGCCACGCGGGGCGACCCGCCGGCGGGGCCGGGCGGCCGCGGGCUGCGGGUGCUGCUGUGGGCGCGCCGGCCGCUCUUCGGCCCCAAGGCGGGCGAGCCCUUCGCCGUGGCGUUGUGCGAGCUGGCGGGGCUGCUGCCGCUGCCCGCCGAGCCGCUCUACCGGGACAUCACCGAGGAGCAGGCCCUGAGCGCCAUCCGCCAGCACCUGCUGCCCGAGCCCGAGCUGCUGCACCUGGGCGGGGAGCUGGCGCGGCUGCUGGAGCGGUGAUGGCACGGACAGCGGCCGGAGCGCGGAGCUGCGGGCACGGACAGCGGCCGGAGCGCUGAUGGCACGGACAGCGGCCGGAGCGCGGAGCUGCGGGCACGGACAGCGGCCGGAGCGCUGAUGGCACGGACAGCGGCCGGAGCGCGGGGCCGGGGGCACGGACAGCGGCCGGAGCGCUGAACCGGGGGCACGGACAGCGGCUGGGCCGGUGCAGAGCUGAGCGCACUGGGACCGGCAGAGGGCGCUGCCUGUGGAGGACACGGAAGUGGCUGUCACGUGGCCGCGCGAGGCCGCUCUGGCCGCAUGCCCGGCUCUAUGGUGCGGUCGCCAUGGGAACGCGGCGGAGCCGGGAGCGGUGCGAUGGCGGCGGCGGGCGGCGGCGGCAGGGGCAGCGUGGGCCCGGGCCCGUCCCCGGAAACCCCUCCGAGUGAGGAGGCGCCCAUCGCCGCAGCCCCCCGGUACCGUCUCGCUGCUCCCGCCGGACCCGAGCCGCGGAGGAAGCGCAGGCGAGUGCGGGGCCGCAGCCCCCGGCAGGGUCCGGCUGGAGCCCGUCCGGCCAUUCCCGGCGGCGCCUCCCGCUGCCUCACUCGCGCUCGGUCCCGGCCCCAGCCCAGCCGUGGCACAGUGCCCAGGCGGUGCGCGGUGCUCCCCAGCCCCCGGGAGCCGGUGCGGGGUCCCGCUGACCCAAAAUAAAUAGUGUUCCCUGGAAGUGCCCCAAUGACCCCCUGUGUGACACAGCCGGGCACGGCUCCGUGCCCAGGAGCAGCCUG